UUCUGCUUUAGAGCCGGACUUGGAAAAUCUCAGGAGACUAAACACAAAGCCCCCGCCCCUUCAUGGAAAGUCCUCACCAAUGUCUAACCUCAGUCCUUCCUGCUACAAACCGAAGCCCCCUUUUGUCUUGCAUCUUCAUAGGAUAACCCUAAAGAACAUUUACCAAACCAUCCAUUGAUUCCUGCCCCCGCCCCCAGCCCUAGCUGUGUCCCCUUAAAAACCUGCCCAACCUGGAUAAAUACUCGGGUUUGGGCUCCGCCCCGGCUGGACUCAGAGGAUUCCUGGGUCCCCGCCCAAGCUCUUGCCCUCUACCUUCCACCCACAACUCGGUAAAAGGCCACACCCCCAGCCCGUGGCACCCUGGCGGUGACCCCCACUGGCGCGGACUCGACAGGGUUAAGGUUUUGGGGCGGGUGGGGGUUCUGGGAGGAAGGGGUACGGAGCCAAUCGGCUGCGGCUGAGUCCCGGGGAGUGAGGAUCCGAGAGCAGAGCCGAAGCAGCGACCGGGCCAGCGGCUGGGGCAGCGACCAGGGGAAGGAGCAGCAAACGAAAGGCAGCUGGCUAGUCCCUCGUGCGCUCCGGGAGCCGCCCCAUCCCCCACUUCCACUGCAGCACCAGGUUUCUUCGGCCAGAAGGACCCAGGCGUCCCCGGCGCCCCAGCCAUGGAGCAAGACAACAGUCCCCGGAAGAUCCAGUUCACUGUCCCGCUACUAGAGCCGCACCUGGACCCGGAGGCGGCGGAGCAGAUCCGGAGGCGUCGUCCCACACCUGCCACCCUGGUACUGACCAGUGACCAGUCAUCUCCAGAGAUCGACGAAGAUCGGCUUCCCAACCCUCUGUUCAAGUCCACAUUGUCCAUGUCUCCAAGGCAGCGGAAGAAGGUGACUCGGACCACACCCACGAUGAAAGAGCUGCAGAUGAUGGUGGAACAUCACCUGGGACAGCAAAAGCAGCAGGGGGACGAAACUGAGGCUGCAGCAGCUGAGAAUGAAGGAACACAGGAGUCCUGCCUGCCUGAGACUGAAGACGCAGCAAUGGAUUCAAGGCUGAGCCUCACUGGAAGUGCCCAGAGUCCAAGGGCCACGGAGCUGCUGACCAGGAAUCGAGGCUGGGGCUGGGGCCCUGGCAAAUGCUGGGUCUUUUCUUCUCGUUUCUUCACUUCUGGGGGAAAACUCUUGUUUCUAAAAAGUGAUAAAUUUGGUGUUGGGCCUUUGGUGCCUUUCUUCUUUCCCAGAUAUGAGGGCCUGCAGAGUCCUUGUCUCCCUUCCCCACCUCUUAGCAAGCCUCUUGGGACUGCAGAGACAGCCCUGUCACUCAAGCCAGAAGACAGACAUCAGCUUUUAUUUCCCAGCCAGAGGGGUGAGGAUCACAUACACAAGAGCUAUGCAUUCGCCAGGGGCAACUACUACUGGAAUUUGUCUCCCUGGCCAUUUUGGAAAAUAGGCCAGGCCCUAUACCCGAAGGCAGGGGGGAGGGCAAAAUGACCUUGGGAAUCCCCCAGCAAGCUCUUUGCAGAGUCAAGGAAAGAGAAAACCCUGCCUUGCUAUAACCGAGCUGGGGCCUCCCUCUGGUGGUCAAAAGUGGGCAUGACGCCCCUCCACACAGGCCACCUCUUCUGUCUAAAUCCAGAAGGUGUGCCAAGCAUCCUAGUCAGGGAGCAGGAAAGAGACCGAGUUCUCAGAUCAAUUAGCCACUGUUAUCCACUUUGUGGGUUUAUCAGCAUCUCUUCUCCUUGCCAACAAUCCUGGUGAUUCAUGCUUCAGAGGAUGAACUAGGUAACCAUUAAGACCUUUUCUGACUUCAAGAUUCUACAAUUCUAUGGGGUCCAGGCCAGAACUCUGAAGGGGGGGGGGGGGUGCGGCACGGGUCUUAGCCCGUGCUCCAGAUUCAGCCAUGAUGUGGAGACAGGGGCCAUUAUAUACCUCUACAACAGAGAUGACCAGCAUGGAAGCCAAACGCAUUAACAAAGGAAGGGGACGAUCACGUGAACGGGCUCUCAGGGUUCUAAAUUUAAAAACCCACCCCCACUAACAGCCCCUCCCACUCUCCAAGACAUGAAAGAGAUAGGACCAAAGAGAUGGAGCCGGUGUCCUCAAAGUCACCCAGCACAAAAAGAUGAAGCUAGGCCUAUGCUCCCCUCCCUACAUGCCUCCAGUUGGGUGGGCAGGGAGAUCAAAUGAUUUAGCCUGUGUUUUCCAGCUUACAAAGAGCCUUCUUCACAAUGACCCUGUGAAGUAGGCCAUGCAAGCACCAGAAAUGACGAGCUCAGCGGAAUGAUGUCCCUAAUCCCUCAGGGCCAGUGAGGGGGCCAAACUUGGGCCCAAUUCUUCUAACUCCAUUGUGCUUUCCAUUAUAACAUGCCACAGAGACAUCCUGUGCCAUCAGACUCCUGGUCAGGAGGGUGAUGGGUAACUAUCAGAUUGGAGGUUGGAAGGGGGUGGAGGUAAUAAGUAUGUCCUGCCAUUUCCUUCAUCUAACUCAGGCUUGCCAGAGACAGAUCCAAGACCCAAACAGUGAGUCCUCAGAACCAUCUUCCUUCCUUCCCCACAAUCUAGGCCAUCUCUUCACGAGCCAGGGUAAAACCCCACCCCACCCCUCACCCCAAUCCCUGCCCUUGUAUAUCCUUACCUUCCCCCUCUCCCACAUCUGCACCUAACCCCUGAGAUUGAAAGAUGAAGACAACACCAGACCCGCCUCCCUCCUUUAUUGGUCUCUGGAUGUAGCA